UUCUUCCUUUUAAAAAAAAUUAAAAAACAAAACUUCACUACAUUGCUCGAACUCUCUUCACCAUUAUUAUUUUCACUGAAAAUUCAAAAGAAACCUCCAAAUACUGAUUAAUGGAGGAGCCACAAAUUGAUGCUGAAGAAAAUGGGAAAUUGGCAGAAAUUGCGGAUACCCAGAAUAAUAAUCUAAAAAAUGGUGAAGAAGCAGCUCCGGAUAAAGGAGUAGCAGAAAAAGAAGGAGAAGGAGAAGAAGAGGCUGUAGGUCCAGCUCCUCCUCCACAACGUCGUGCUAAACGACCUCUUCAGUUUGAGCAAGCUUACCUUGAUUCCCUCCCCUGCGCCAAUAUGUAUGAGAAGAGUUAUAUGCAUCGAGAUGUAGUCACCCAUGUCGCGGUUUCUUGUGCUGAUUUCUUCAUAACUGGGAGCUGUGAUGGCCAUCUGAAGUUUUGGAAGAAGAAACCAACUGGGGUGGAGUUUGCAAAGCAUUUUAGAUCUCAUCUUGGGCCCAUUGAAGGAUUAGCUGUUAGUGUUGAUGGCUUGCUUUGUUCUACAAUUUCCAGUGACCAUUCUGUGAAAGUGUAUGAUGUGGUGAACUACGACAUGAUGGUCAUGAUACGUUUACCAUAUAUCCCGGGUGCUGUGGAGUGGGUUUACAAACAAGGAGAUAUCAAAGCGAAGCUGGCCAUCAGUGAUCGUGACUCUUCGUUUGUGCAUAUAUAUGAUGUACGAGCUGGAUCUAAUGAACCAAUCAUUUCAAAGAAGAUACACGCUGGACCAGUUAAAGUCAUGAAGUACAACCCUGUAUUUGAUGCCGUUAUAUCUGCAGAUACAAGGGGAAUAUUUGAGUACUGGGAUCCUGCAACACUUGGUUUUUCAGAAAGUGGUAUCAAUUUCAAGCUGAAAACUGAUACAAAUCUUUUUGAAAUGGUGAAGUGUAAAACAACUGUUUCUGCAAUAGAGGUGAGUCCUGAUGGUAUGCAGUUUUCUGUUACAUCACCUGAUCGCAGAAUACGUGUAUUUUGGUAUAGGACUGGUAAAUUGAGGCGAGUUUAUGAUGAAUCACUUGAGGUUGCUCAAGAUCUACAAAGAAGUGAUGCUCCUAUGUAUCGUCUGGAGGCCAUUGAUUUUGGAAGACGAAUGGCUGUUGAAAAGCAAAUUGAGCAAACAGAGGCUGUUCCUCAACCAAAUGCGGUCUUUGACGAAAGCUCAAACUUUCUGAUCUAUGCUACGCUCCUCGGGAUUAAAGUGGUAAAUUUGCACACUAAUUCUGUAGCGCGGAUUCUUGGGAAGGUGGAAAGUAAUGACAGGUUUUUGAGGAUUGCCCUGUAUCAAGGUGACCGAAGUAGUAAAAGAGCGAGAAAAAUACCUACAGCUGCUGCUAAUGUUAAUGAAAGCAAAGACCCCUUGAUAGAUCCAACUUUGUUGUGUUGUGCAUUCAGAAAACAUAGACUAUAUUUGUUUAGUCGUAGAGAGCCAGAGGAAACUGAAGAUGCCACUAAAGGGCGGGAUGUAUUUAACGAAAAACCUCCUGCAGAUGAACUCCUGGCUGUGUCAGAAUUAGGAAGAUCAUCUACCACAUCUCUUCCGGACAAUGUGAUCCUAAACACCACAAUGGGAGAUAUUUACUUGAAGCUCUAUCCAGAAGAAUGUCCAAAAACUGUGGAGAACUUUACCACGCAUUGUCGAAAUGGUUAUUAUGAUAAUCUAAUUUUCCAUCGUGUCAUCAAAGGUUUCAUGGUACAGACUGGAGAUCCACUUGGAGAUGGAACUGGUGGCCAAUCAAUUUGGGGAAGGGAAUUUGAGGAUGAAUUUCACAAAAGUUUGCGGCAUGACAGGCCCUUCACAGUUUCUAUGGCAAAUGCUGGUUCAAAUUCUAAUGGUUCACAGUUUUUCAUAACCACGGUAGCCACUCCAUGGCUAGAUAACAAACAUACAGUGUUUGGUAGAGUCGUCAAAGGAAUGGACGUUGUACAGGCCUUAGAGAAAGUGAAGACUGACCGAGAUGACAAGCCAUACCAAGAUGUCAAGAUUCUUAGUGUAACAGUACCCAAAUCCUAGGAAAGCUUAUUACGAAAUGGAUGAUGGCUGAUACUUGCUGCAAGUUGUCAACACCAGCUGCCUUUGGACGGAGAAAAUGUUUCUUAUGGCAAGUCCUGUGUGAAGAAGUAUAAAGAAAUAAGUUGAGCUGCAUUGAAGUGUUUAAACUCUGGUAAGUGGUUGCUACCAAAAUUGUUAUCCAGUAGCUGUUGGCAGCUGUGAGGUUGUUGAUGCUCCCAUUAUUGCCUUGCUGAAUUAUUGGGAUUUUGUUUGUUUGUGGCAACUAGUUCAUGAACACAAAUAUGAAUUUAUUUGAUUAUUUAUGAGAGGCAACACCACUGGCGACUAAUAGUGAAAGCGGAUUUUCUUGGGAUAUAGGAUACUUCUGUGUUAUUGUCAUGGAUCAAGACAUCGAUUAGAAGAUGGUUAUUUGUACUCGUUUACUGUAUAUGUUAAUGAUCGGAGGUGGACAACUGCAACUUAUCUAAAUCAAACUCGCAUCAGUGUGCUAAGAUGAAGGUUGUGUUUUUCUUGGUUAGAGAUUUAAAUAGUCAGUACUUUUCAUACAAUGAAUUAGAGGGGAACUUUUAACGCAAAGUGCGUUUUUAAGCUUAGGUGUCUUUCAAGUUUGUAUGUAAUCCAGUUUCAUGCCAGGGUAUGAAAAUUGAAUGAUAUAUUACUGUGUAAUAGGAUGUUUCUUAUGUUCUUAACCAAACAACUUGGAUUGUUUGACAUGUUAUCUAGAUGUAUUUGUGA